CCCCCAUGGCGGCGCCGCGGGUGGAGGUGGACGGCGGCAUCAUGGAAGGGGGCGGGCAGAUCCUGAGGGUGUCUACGGCCCUGAGCUGUCUGCUGGGCCUCCCCUUGCGGGUGCAGAAGAUCCGAGCCGGCCGCAGCACACCUGGCCUCAGUAUUAUGACCUGAAGGCCUCAACAUUUAUCUGGACUGGAAAUGAUCCGAGAUUUGUGCGAUGGGCAACUGGAGGGGGCGGAAAUCGGCUCAACAGAAAUCAUGUUUACACCUGAGAAGAUCAAAGGUGGAAUCCACACAGCAGAUACCAAGACAGCAGGGAGUGUGUGCCUCUUGAUGCAGGUCUCAAUGCCCUGUGUCCUUUUUGCUGCUUCUCCGUCAGAACUUCAUUUGAAAGGUGGAACUAAUGCUGAAAUGGCACCACAGAUAGAUUACACGGCCAUGGUUUUCAAGCCAAUUGUUGAAAAAUUUGGUUUCACAUUUAAUUGUGACAUUAAAAUGAGGGGCUACUACCCAAAAGGGGGUGGUGAAGUGAUUGUCCGAAUGUCGCCAGUUAAACAGUUGAACCCAAUAAAUUUAACUGACCGUGGCUCUGUGACGAAGAUAUAUGGAAGAGCUUUUGUUGCUGGUGUUUUGCCAUUUAAAGUAGCAAAAGAUAUGGCGGCGGCAGCCGUAAGAUGCAUCAGAAAGGAGAUAAGGGAUCUGUAUGUUAACAUCCAGCCUGUUCAGGAACCUAAAGACCAAGCUUUUGGCAAUGGAAAUGGAAUCAUCAUUAUCGCUGAGACAUCCACUGGCUGUCUGUUUGCUGGGUCGUCGCUUGGUAAACGAGGUGUUAAUGCAGACAGGGUUGGAAUUGAAGCUGCUGAAAUGCUAUUAUCAAACCUCAGACAUGGUGGUGCUGUGGAUGAGUAUCUGCAAGACCAGCUGAUUAUCUUCAUGGCAUUAGCCAGUGGAAUUUCCAAAAUAAAAACAGGACCAGUUACACUCCAUACACAAACGGCUAUACAUUUUGCUGAACAAUUAGCGAAGGCUAAAUUUACUGUGAAGAAAUCAGAAGACGAAGAAGAUGCCUCUAAAGACACUUACAUUAUUGAAUGCCAAGGAAUUGGGAUGACAAAUCCAAACCUAUAGGGUAUUUGCCUUCUAAAUGAUACCUCAGUGAUGUAUUGCACUAAUUCUCUUCAUAAAUACUGUAAAACAAUAAGUAGUAACUUAUUAAAGGACCUGACUUAAAUUUGGAGAUGAAGUACAGAAUGUUCAGAGAAAUCUCACUUUGACCGUAUCUCCUGAGAUACAUACGGACAGUGAAAUUUAAGAGUUGGUGAAUAUGUAUGAGAGCUAAUUUCAGUAUUAUUGAAGUAUUGAAAUAAAAUAAUCUUUUCACCUGAA